AAUUAGAAAAUUAAUUAAAGCAAACCCAUCUUUAAAGGGUGCGUAAGGCUCAUGAUUAAUAAAUUCUUGUUUGUGCGUGAGCGUUUGCGAAGAUGCUAAUAUAUGGAUAAAAUCCAAAUCGAAUCGGAUCUUGUCAAUUUCGGGUCGACGAUGUGUGACAUGUGUCCCAUUACGCAAGCACCAGUCACCGGCAAUAGAAGCUUCAGGCUUCCAGCCCAGUGGAAGAAGAAACCGUUGCUUUUCCGCCGUUAAUUCAAAAGUGCCUCGCAGAGUCUUCCAAAACAUGGACAUGGAUAUCGACGAAACAGCCAAAGGUAUGCCCUUUCUCCAAAACGCCGCGUUUUACCAUUCUCGGUCGUCGUCGCCUUCGGUGAUCAUAAAACCUGUAUGCGCUUUUGAAGGGGGAAGAAAAACAAGGAAAGCCUGUAGUAAUAUUGGUGGGUGCGCCUGGAAGCGGCAAGUCUACCUUCUGCGAACAUGUCAUGCGCUCCACUCGCCCUUGGGUUCGCGUUUGUCAGGAUACUAUCAAAAAUGGUAAGGCCGGAAAGAAAGGGCAGUGUAUAGAGAGUGCAAUGAAUGCGUUGAAAGAUGGGAAGAGUGUGUUUAUAGAUAGGUGUAAUGUAGAGAAAGAACAAAGGGAUGAUUUUGUGAAGCUUGGUGGUAGUUCCCAAGUUGAUGUUCAUGAUGUGGUGCUUGAUCUUCCUGCCAAGCUUUGUAUAUUGCGGUAUGUGAAGCGAAAGGGCCAUGAAGGAAAAGUGGAAGGUGGGAAAGCUGUGGCGAUUGUGAAUAGAAUGCUGCAGAAGAAAGAACUACCUAAGCUGAGUGAAGGGUUUGCUAGAAUUACUUGUUGCCAGAGUGAGAGUGAUGUUCAAUCUUCCGUUGAUGCAUAUAGUGGACUUGGUCCGUUAGAUACACUUCCCAAUGGUUAUUUUGGUCAGAAGAACCCCGGUGCAAAAAUUCAACUAGGUAAAUGAAGUUCGUAAAGAAAACAGAUGGUCCUUCCAAUACUGAAUCAACUUCGAAGUGUUGGAAAUUCAAAUAAAAACAGGUUGUAAAUGGUUGCUGCUAGCUGUUAGUUGUUUUACAGGUUGUAUUCACAUUUCCAGCAACUACAAACAUGCUUGCUGCCAUGUGAUGGCCAAAAGUUGGUGAUUACAAGCUGGAAGGAUGCAAAGCAUGUGUGGGAGAUAUCACUCGGCUUCAUUCAUUCAGAAGGAGGUUUACACUGCAAUAUAAUAGCUAAUGCUACCAGUGGGUAGGCAUUUAGAAAUACUAUGCAAUAUACAUGUAAAUAUUUUGUUGCGGUGCUAGUUCACAAUAUGAAAUUACAAAUCUGUAAGAUAUUGGCAUUUGCGUCCAAUCCUUUUGAAAGAAUUAUGUUACCUAGGAUUCCACGGAAAAGAAAAUUAAACUUGAUAUACUGUUGUUAUUUCAGGUUUAACAAUGGAGGCUUCGUUGCGUGCAUUUGCUUAUUCCCUGAGCAUCAGAGAUUCCAAACCAGAAAUUUUCAGUGCAGUACUCAGGUUUAUGAUUUGAUCGACUCUAAUUCACUUUGAAGUAGUCUAGGCAUAUCUGCAAUCUACAUGUUACUCCUAUUUUAGUUUUUGACUAACUAAGGCCAUAUAUAGUCGAUCAUAUACACAUACCGUUAUAGGUGGAAGAAAAAUAGAAUGGUUUGUGUAUAAUAGAAUGGUUUGUGUAUGCUCAUGUUGAUUUUCUGGGUAGCAAGAGAAAUAUAUUCUCCAAGAAACUCAUGUAUUGUAUGUAACUAUGAUAUCGUGGAAUUGUGACUGUCGUAGUCUGCCCUGUUAUAAAUUGAGGAAUUCCUGAAACAAUAAGCGCUGGUUUGCUCUCUUAUAAAUUGAGGUGAAAAAUAAAUCAUUAGGUGUUGUAGUACUGGAUAUGAUGAGUUUAAAAUUGAAUCGCAAGAUGUUAAAACAUAUCACAAUUCAGAAGUCAAGAUUUUCUUUGUCAAUAUUAUGAUGGAUGGAGUUGGUCUGGCAUCAUACUACACAAUUCGAACAAAUAAUACAUUACAUGUAGUACACUCUUUUGGGAUUAUCUGAUUACACGAACUUCAGGAAUUUCGAUGGUAUGAGGAAAUUUAUUGAAAACAAAACAUAGAUACACAAUAAACUAUUACAAAUAUAACUAGAACACACAUAAAUUAAAAGGUAAAACCAAAAAGCAAACUUCUUACUUGUUGGAUCUCAAAUUUCCUAGGCAUAGCUUGAAGUCCAGCUCAAUUGGUCCCCAUGAUCGUUAAUUUCAGCGUCCCAACCUUUGAUUUAUGUGGACAUGUCUUCGGUGAUGACCAAUUCUAUCUUCAAGCUGAGGGAAUAUCUUAACAAGGAUUUUAUACAUUGUUUUGUAAUACCAUUUACUCCAUCUCUUGCAAAACACAAGUGAUCCAGUAGCAAUCCCAAAGCCAACAAUAAAUCCAAUUUCAGCACCAAUCAGAUCCCAAUCAAUUCCGUGCGCAGAAUUAGAAUGUUUGCCAUCUAAUGUUGGUGACAUGUUGGUAUCACUGCAUUUUAGAAGUGAAGGUGGCCCACAUAAUCCUUUAUUGCCUGCGAAGGACUCCGCUGGAAAUAUUGAAAUCUGGGUACUGAUUGGUAUCUUCCCGACCAGUUGAUUGUUUGAGACAUCCAGGAAAGAAAGGAAAGUAAGGCCCCCAAACUCCGCCGGAAUUUGCCCGCUCAAGCUGUUGUUUGAAAGAUCUAACGACUCAAGUUGUCGUAGGUUACCUAAUGAUGGUGGGAUUGUGCCUGUGAGAGCAUUGCUGGACAAGUUGAGCUCAUGGAGGGAUUUGAGUUCUCCCACCUCCGCAGGUAUUGAUUCACUAAAGUUGUUGCAUGAGAUGUCAAUGUAGGUGAAAACAGUUAGAAUCUUUACCAAUUCCAUUUCCAGACCUUUAUUGGUAACUGUUAGAGCAUCCUCAAAGUAUAGCUGGCUGAACUUUAGAACUUGAAAUCGAAGGUGAUUAGCUUCUGACUCGGCAUCAUCUUCGUCAGCCAUCAUUGCUUUCCACGUUUUCAAAAAACUUCCUGGUAUUUCGCCGGUAAAAUUGUUGCGAGCUAUGUCAAUAAUUUGAAGGUUUGGCCAGGUACCGCUGGUUUUGUUACAUCCCAUAUGUCCAUAAAAACGGUUGGAUCGCAAAACAAGGACACGCAAGGAGGAUAUCUGCUUCAUCAAGCAAGGAUAGAUAUCUCUUAUCUGAUUGUUCCAAUGUUUAAAACCUCUAGCAUUCUGCAAUUGCCAAGAGAUUUUGGAAAUUGACCUUCUAUCUGAUUUCCAUUGAGGUCAAGAGUUUUUAAACUACAGUGCUGAGGAAAUCCAUCAGGCAGAACCAGCGAGUCUGUUUCUCCUCAGAUUAAGUACUGCCAGUGUCCCACUUAUGGUAGUCAAGCAUUGGGGAAUCGGGCCACUUAGAGAAUUAUUGGACAAAUCAAGAACCUGAAGAUAUGGUUACGUGCACAUUGAUUCUGGAAUGCUUCCAUUUAACUUGUGGCUUGCAAGAGAGAAGAACACAGUGUACAUAAGGAAAUCACCAAUGUUGGCCGGAAUGCUUGAGCUGAAAUUAUUUCUUGAGUAAUCCAGAUAAGUGGCCCGUUCUGGAAGCAUUGGAAUUUGUCCCUUAAGCUGGUUGGAAUGAAGGUCAAGAAUAUACAGAAAAGGAGGAAGUUUACGUAAAGGACCUUCUAGUGAGUUGCAAGAAAGAUUUAGUUCACCAAGAUUACUGAGCCUCCAAAUCCAGUUGGGUAUCUCACCAUGAAUAUGGUUUUGUGAUAGGUCCAAAGUGCUUGAUCAGGAAAGGUUCUCAACUUUACAGCAGCUAAUUUCAAUAUGGAAAUUUUCGGAAAGGAGUAGGAGGAAUUGGAACUCUCAUAAUUAAUUAGCAAGCUAUUGUAUGAAAGAUCAAGACUUGAGAGAUUUUUCAGUUGUUGAAUAUCAUUAAGCGGAAAGGACCCACUGAAGUUUUUUGAAGAAAGAAAGAGUACUCUAAGCUCUCGUUGAUUAAAGAUGGACAUGGGUAUAGGCCCUUCCAAACUAUUGCUACUCAAAUCAAGGAAGUAUAGGGAAGAAAAAUUACCAAAUUCAGGUAACUGGCCAGAGAAGUUAUUGUUAGAAAGCCCAAAAUUUUGCAGCAUGGGAAGAGAAAACAGAGAUGACGGAAUAGUCCCAUCAAGUAGAUUGU